GCAAGGCUGUAUACUCCGACCCUCUCAGCCAUAAUCUAUGUGCAGCGGCUGCUCUUCCUGGAGUAUGCCCUCCCUCUCGAAGCCUACGGUUAUAUCGGAAUUCCUCAGCGGCCACGAUACCGGCAGUUUGAGCGGCUUGAAUCAGUACGACAUAGAUAUAUGCUGAGCAAGUCAAUGACCCCCCUACCAGAGAUGUUGAGCCUCCGUGACUACGGGAGAGUGAUAGCCAGAACAGACACCCCGUCAUAUUUCCUCUACUGGAGUGACGAUUUACAAAGGGUGUCGUACGGAGACUCCUUCACUAUUUCUAUAAACACCUUCCGACAGUUAUCAGCACACUUCAUUACGCAUGCAGAGGAACUCUGCGAGGAGCUCAUGCUUGGUUUACAGGUGGACGUUGAUCUCGCGAAGGUCAAGGACGACCUAGUCAACACUGCAGAUGGAUUCAGUUUCGUCAGCCAUCCCUACGAUAAACUGGCCCACGCCCACGCUAAGCUAUUCAAGCAGGCUUGUGUUCGUACUUCUGGACUGUUCGACGAGACGAGCGGCAUGUGGAAAGCAAGCGCAGUCUUACUUUACCAAAAGAAGGCAGAGAAACUGCUGGAGUCCAUUGCAGGCUGUAUACACACGACAGGCGGCCAGACUGGGCGAUCACCAGAGCUUUUUAGUCUCACGUACCAGAACAGCGCACUCGGUGAACGCGGUCUAUAGAUCUACAACGGCUCGGUAAUGACGCUUACACGGCAUCACAAAGCCAAACGUUCAACUAAUCGGGAAUUCAACGUUGCGCGCUUCCUUCCUCUCCGAGUCGGCCGCGUCGUGUUCCGAUAUUUGGCAUAUAUCCGUCCCUUCGCUAUAAGAGGGAUGCUGCUUGUGAAUUAGGCGUCAUUUGACGAGACUGUACGACGGGUAUGAAACGUGCUUCUCGUCAUCUCUAGAUCCCGAUGGUGUGAUGUUGAGGUACCUCAGAUCCCGAUGUCUGGGCGGCGGCUCGUUGCCCCUGUGGGAAGUCCAACAUGGGUCUAGCUGUGACAUGGGAUCGGAGCAUAAUAGGUUCCUAUCGAAGGACGCCUGCAGUCAAAGUCAUGUAUCAUCCGGACUAUGAUGAAGAAGCUGGGUUGUAGUUGUGUGAGCUUGUGAUGCUCAAUACAUCGUCGACA